AUGUCGAGCACAGAGACGGAGACACAGGCUGUAGUGGGGGUAGAGGAGUUGCAGAACUACGGGAUCAACGCCUCGGACCUGUCGAAGCUGAAGAGCAGCGGGAUCUUCACGGUGAACACGGUUCUGUCGACUACAAGGCGGAACCUGUGCAAAGUACGCGGGCUCAGCGAGGUCAAAGUCGAGAAGAUCAAAGAAGCUGCGGCCAAGAUCGUGCGUGUCGGGUUUGUCCCCGCUACGUUGCAACUCGAGCUCCGGCAGCGGGUCAUUGCGCUCUCCACGGGGGCGAAGAACCUCGACGCGAUCCUUGGUGGAGGCAUUAUGACCAUGUCCAUCACAGAGGUGUUUGGUGAGUUCCGUUGCGGGAAGACACAGAUGUCGCACACGCUGUGUGUCACAGCACAGUUGCCCCGCGAGAUGGGCGGUGGAGAGGGCAAAGUCGCUUACAUUGACACGGAGGGGACUUUCCGCCCAGAGCGGAUCCGGCAGAUCGCAGAGAGGUACGAACUGGACCCGGAUACGUGUCUCGAGAACAUCACUUAUGCGCGCGCUUUGAACAGCGAGCACCAGAUGGAACUCGUUGAACAACUCGGCGGAGAACUGUCUUCGGGGGACUACCGUCUUAUAAUCGUGGACUCGAUCAUGGCAAACUUUAGGGUCGACUACUGCGGGAGGGGUGAACUUAACGAGAGACAGCAGCGGCUCAAUCAACACCUGUUCAAAUUGAACAGACUCGCGGAGGAGUUUAACGUCGCAGUGUUCAUGGCAAAUCAGGUGCAAUCGGACCCAGGUGCCUCAGCACUGUUCGCGUCAGCGGACGGCAGGAAGCCCGUUGGUGGACACGUACUAGCACACGCCUCAGCGACAAGAAUUCUCCUCCGUAAGGGAAGAGGGGAGGAAAGAGUGGCCAAACUUCAGGACUCACCAGAUAUGCCCGAGAGGGAGUGCGUCUACCUCAUUGGAGAGAAGGGCAUCUGCGACGCAACCGAUUAG